UAGGAUUAUUGAUUGAUUAUCUCAGAUAAGCUUUUCUUGUCUGUUCUAUUAUAUAUUAGCCUAUUAGGCAGUAUUUUGUUAUUGUGAUAGAGAAAAUAGUGGUUCAUUCAUUCAACUGGAAACCCUCAAUUUAGUUCUUAAAAGAUUAGCAAGAUCAAGUUAGUCUUCUAAUGACAUGAAUGACAUUGGAUUGCUGAUAGAUUAAAAGUUCAGCUGUUAACACAAUGACACUGUCAAAUGAUUUUGUUUUCUAAACAACACUCGGUUGAUGUUCAUAUACCUAGACCUAACCCUUGGAUUUGUUCUGUGUAGUACAGCUGCGGAUUUUUACUUUUUUAGAUAGGGCUUGUCAUAUACAUAUACUGAACAUAAUAGAAUAUUUUGUUUUGUUCUCUUUGAUCCACACUUCACAACAAUCCAUUUAGUGGAAUUAAAACAUAGCACUUUUAAACGCGGUUUCUGACUUUUUGUUUAAGAAAUAAAAUUCACUUUACCGUGAUUGUCCCGAGAUGGAAACGGAGAUACGGAAGCCUUGUGGGAAACGUGAAAUUCACUUUACCGUGAUUGUCCCGAGAUGGAAAUGGAGAUAUGGAUGCCUUGUGGGAAACGUGAAAUUCACUUUACCGUGAAUGUCCCGAGAUGGAAAUGGAGAUAUGGAUGCCUUGUGGGAAACGUGAAAUUCACUUUACCGUGAAUGUCCCGAGAUAGAAAUGGAGAUAUGGAUGCCUUGUGGGAAACGUGAAAUUCACACAGUGUGAUUGUCCCGAGAUGGAAAUGGAGAUAGGGAUGCCUUGUGGGAAACGUGAAAUUCACUUUACCGUGAUUGUCCCGAGAUGGAAAUGGAGAUAUGGAUGCCAUGUGGGAAAUGUGAAACUCACUUUACCGUGAAUGUCCCGAGUUGGAAAUGGAGAUAUGGAUGCCUUGUGGGAUAUGUGUUGAGUGUUGUGGGGACGAAAUAAAGUUAACCAAUGACUUUUUAUUUUAGAAAUGAAAUUCACUUUACCGUGAAUGUCCUGAGAUUGAAAUGGAGAUAUGGAUGCCUUGUGGGAAAUGUGUUGAGUACUAUGGGGACAAUAUAAAGUUAACCGAUGACCUUUUGUUUAAGAAAUGAAAUUCACUUUACCGUGAAUGUCCCGAGAUGGAAAUGGAGAUAUGGAUGCCUUGUGGGAAAUGUGUUGAGUGCUGUCGGGAGGAAAUAGAGUUAACCGAUGAGAACUCCUAUAAAUGCGGUGGUAGUUAUUUUGUUCGAGGAUAGGAUUUGGAAAGUGAUUUAUGAUAAAUGAAAGUUUGCGUCUUGUGUGAUAUGAUGAAUAUAAGAACAACUCUAUUGCUGAAAGUGCGUCACAAUGAGAAUAAAAGAGUGUUGGAGGAAGAGAUGGAUUAUUUUGGUGAAAAUGAAAGGAAAAUAUGUCAUUACAUAGUGGUCAUUGGCCCUAGACAGAGUCUAAUGGUAAAGGAGGAUCUAGUUAGCAAAGAUGUUGAUAUUUCCCAAAUUAUUAUUCAAUAAUUUUUUAGUCUUUAUUCAUGUCAAAAUACAGAUCUCUCCAUUGUGUCGGUAUAUUCCAUAGGGUUAUUUCUUAAUACAUCUCUUGGGAUGGAUUGUUGAUUACAUUUUCAGAAUAUUGUAUAAUAUCAUUUCAUUUACUAGGAAUAUUUUUAGGAUUAUUGAUUGAUUAUCUCAGAUAAGCUUUUCUUGUCUGUUCUAUUAUAUAUUAGCCUAUUAGGCAGUAUUUUGUUAUUGUGAUAGAGAAAAUAGUGGUUCAUUCAUUCAACUGGAAACCCUCAAUUUAGUUCUUAAAAGAUUAGCAAGAUCAAGUUAGUCUUCUAAUGACAUGAAUGACAUUGGAUUGCUGAUAGAUUAAAAGUUCAGCUGUUAACACAAUGACACUGUCAAAUGAUUUUGUUUUCUAAACAACACUCGGUUGAUGUUCAUAUACCUAGACCUAACCCUUGGAUUUGUUCUGUGUAGUACAGCUGCGGAUUUUUACUUUUUUAGAUAGGGCUUGUCAUAUACAUAUACUGAACAUAAUAGAAUAUUUUGUUUUGUUCUCUUUGAUCCACACUUCACAACAAUCCAUUUAGUGGAAUUAAAACAUAGCACUUUUAAACGCGGUUUCUGACUUUUUGUUUAAGAAAUAAAAUUCACUUUACCGUGAUUGUCCCGAGAUGGAAACGGAGAUACGGAAGCCUUGUGGGAAACGUGAAAUUCACUUUACCGUGAUUGUCCCGAGAUGGAAAUGGAGAUAUGGAUGCCUUGUGGGAAACGUGAAAUUCACUUUACCGUGAAUGUCCCGAGAUGGAAAUGGAGAUAUGGAUGCCUUGUGGGAAACGUGAAAUUCACUUUACCGUGAAUGUCCCGAGAUAGAAAUGGAGAUAUGGAUGCCUUGUGGGAAACGUGAAAUUCACACAGUGUGAUUGUCCCGAGAUGGAAAUGGAGAUAGGGAUGCCUUGUGGGAAACGUGAAAUUCACUUUACCGUGAUUGUCCCGAGAUGGAAAUGGAGAUAUGGAUGCCAUGUGGGAAAUGUGAAACUCACUUUACCGUGAAUGUCCCGAGUUGGAAAUGGAGAUAUGGAUGCCUUGUGGGAUAUGUGUUGAGUGUUGUGGGGACGAAAUAAAGUUAACCAAUGACUUUUUAUUUUAGAAAUGAAAUUCACUUUACCGUGAAUGUCCUGAGAUUGAAAUGGAGAUAUGGAUGCCUUGUGGGAAAUGUGUUGAGUACUAUGGGGACAAUAUAAAGUUAACCGAUGACCUUUUGUUUAAGAAAUGAAAUUCACUUUACCGUGAAUGUCCCGAGAUGGAAAUGGAGAUAUGGAUGCCUUGUGGGAAAUGUGUUGAGUGCUGUCGGGAGGAAAUAGAGUUAACCGAUGAGAACUCCUAUAAAUGCGGUGGUAGUUAUUUUGUUCGAGGAUAGGAUUUGGAAAGUGAUUUAUGAUAAAUGAAAGUUUGCGUCUUGUGUGAUAUGAUGAAUAUAAGAACAACUCUAUUGCUGAAAGUGCGUCACAAUGAGAAUAAAAGAGUGUUGGAGGAAGAGAUGGAUUAUUUUGGUGAAAAUGAAAGGAAAAUAUGUCAUUACAUAGUGGUCAUUGGCCCUAGACAGAGUCUAAUGGUAAAGGAGGAUCUAGUUAGCAAAGAUGUUGAUAUUUCCCAAAUUAUUAUUCAAUAAUUUUUUAGUCUUUAUUCAUGUCAAAAUACAGAUCUCUCCAUUGUGUCGGUAUAUUCCAUAGGGUUAUUUCUUAAUACAUCUCUUGGGAUGGAUUGUUGAUUACAUUUUCAGAAUAUUGUAUAAUAUCAUUUCAUUUACUAGGAAUAUUUUUAGGAUUAUUGAUUGAUUAUCUCAGAUAAGCUUUUCUUGUCUGUUCUAUUAUAUAUUAGCCUAUUAGGCAGUAUUUUGUUAUUGUGAUAGAGAAAAUAGUGGUUCAUUCAUUCAACUGGAAACCCUCAAUUUAGUUCUUAAAAGAUUAGCAAGAUCAAGUUAGUCUUCUAAUGACAUGAAUGACAUUGGAUUGCUGAUAGAUUAAAAGUUCAGCUGUUAACACAAUGACACUGUCAAAUGAUUUUGUUUUCUAAACAACACUCGGUUGAUGUUCAUAUACCUAGACCUAACCCUUGGAUUUGUUCUGUGUAGUACAGCUGCGGAUUUUUACUUUUUUAGAUAGGGCUUGUCAUAUACAUAUACUGAACAUAAUAGAAUAUUUUGUUUUGUUCUCUUUGAUCCACACUUCACAACAAUCCAUUUAGUGGAAUUAAAACAUAGCACUUUUAAACGCGGUUUCUGACUUUUUGUUUAAGAAAUAAAAUUCACUUUACCGUGAUUGUCCCGAGAUGGAAAUGGAGAUACGGAAGCCUUGUGGGAAACGUGAAAUUCACUUUACCGUGAUUGUCCCGAGAUGGAAAUGGAGAUAUGGAUGCCUUGUGGGAAACGUGAAAUUCACUUUACCGUGAAUGUCCCGAGAUGGAAAUGGAGAUAUGGAUGCCUUGUGGGAAACGUGAAAUUCACUUUACCGUGAAUGUCCCGAGAUAGAAAUGGAGAUAUGGAUGCCUUGUGGGAAACGUGAAAUUCACACAGUGUGAUUGUCCCGAGAUGGAAAUGGAGAUAGGGAUGCCUUGUGGGAAACGUGAAAUUCACUUUACCGUGAUUGUCCCGAGAUGGAAAUGGAGAUAUGGAUGCCAUGUGGGAAAUGUGAAACUCACUUUACCGUGAAUGUCCCGAGUUGGAAAUGGAGAUAUGGAUGCCUUGUGGGAUAUGUGUUGAGUGUUGUGGGGACGAAAUAAAGUUAACCAAUGACUUUUUAUUUUAGAAAUGAAAUUCACUUUACCGUGAAUGUCCUGAGAUUGAAAUGGAGAUAUGGAUGCCUUGUGGGAAAUGUGUUGAGUACUAUGGGGACAAUAUAAAGUUAACCGAUGACCUUUUGUUUAAGAAAUGAAAUUCACUUUACCGUGAAUGUCCCGAGAUGGAAAUGGAGAUAUGGAUGCCUUGUGGGAAAUGUGUUGAGUGCUGUCGGGAGGAAAUAGAGUUAACCGAUGAGAACUCCUAUAAAUGCGGUGGUAGUUAUUUUGUUCGAGGAUAGGAUUUGGAAAGUGAUUUAUGAUAAAUGAAAGUUUGCGUCUUGUGUGAUAUGAUGAAUAUAAGAACAACUCUAUUGCUGAAAGUGCGUCACAAUGAGAAUAAAAGAGUGUUGGAGGAAGAGAUGGAUUAUUUUGGUGAAAAUGAAAGGAAAAUAUGUCAUUACAUAGUGGUCAUUGGCCCUAGACAGAGUCUAAUGGUAAAGGAGGAUCUAGUUAGCAAAGAUGUUGAUAUUUCCCAAAUUAUUAUUCAAUAAUUUUUUAGUCUUUAUUCAUGUCAAAAUACAGAUCUCUCCAUUGUGUCGGUAUAUUCCAUAGGGUUAUUUCUUAAUACAUCUCUUGGGAUGGAUUGUUGAUUACAUUUUCAGAAUAUUGUAUAAUAUCAUUUCAUUUACUAGGAAUAUUUUUAGGAUUAUUGAUUGAUUAUCUCAGAUAAGCUUUUCUUGUCUGUUCUAUUAUAUAUUAGCCUAUUAGGCAGUAUUUUGUUAUUGUGAUAGAGAAAAUAGUGGUUCAUUCAUUCAACUGGAAACCCUCAAUUUAGUUCUUAAAAGAUUAGCAAGAUCAAGUUAGUCUUCUAAUGACAUGAAUGACAUUGGAUUGCUGAUAGAUUAAAAGUUCAGCUGUUAACACAAUGACACUGUCAAAUGAUUUUGUUUUCUAAACAACACUCGGUUGAUGUUCAUAUACCUAGACCUAACCCUUGGAUUUGUUCUGUGUAGUACAGCUGCGGAUUUUUACUUUUUUAGAUAGGGCUUGUCAUAUACAUAUACUGAACAUAAUAGAAUAUUUUGUUUUGUUCUCUUUGAUCCACACUUCACAACAAUCCAUUUAGUGGAAUUAAAACAUAGCACUUUUAAACGCGGUUUCUGACUUUUUGUUUAAGAAAUAAAAUUCACUUUACCGUGAUUGUCCCGAGAUGGAAAUGGAGAUACGGAAGCCUUGUGGGAAACGUGAAAUUCACUUUACCGUGAUUGUCCCGAGAUGGAAAUGGAGAUAUGGAUGCCUUGUGGGAAACGUGAAAUUCACUUUACCGUGAAUGUCCCGAGAUGGAAAUGGAGAUAUGGAUGCCUUGUGGGAAACGUGAAAUUCACUUUACCGUGAAUGUCCCGAGAUAGAAAUGGAGAUAUGGAUGCCUUGUGGGAAACGUGAAAUUCACACAGUGUGAUUGUCCCGAGAUGGAAAUGGAGAUAUGGAUGCCUUGUGGGAAACGUGAAAUUCACUUUACCGUGAUUGUCCCGAGAUGGAAAUGGAGAUAUGGAUGCUAUGUGGGAAAUGUGAAACUCACUUUACCGUGAAUGUCCCGAGAUGGAAAUGGAGAUAUGGAUGCCUUGUGGGAUAUGUGUUGAGUGUUGUGGGGACGAAAUAAAGUUACCAAUGACUUUUUGUUUUAGAAAUGAAAUUCACUUUACCGUGAAUGUCUCGAGAUUGAAAUGGAGAUAUGGAUGCCUUGUGGGGAAUGUGUUGAGUACUAUGGGGACAAUAUAAAGUUAGCCGAUGACCUUUUGUUUAAGAAAUGAAAUUCACUUUACCGUGAAUGGCCCGAGAUGGAAAUGGAGAUAUGGAUGCCUUGUGGGAAAUGUGUUGAGUGCUGUCGGGACGAAAUAGAGUUAACCGAUGAGAACUCCUAUAAAAGCGGCUGUGGUUUUUUUGUUUGAGGAUAGGAUUUGGAAAGUGAUUUAUGAUAAAUGAAAGUUCGCGUCUUGUAUGAUUAUGAUGAAUAAAAGAACAACUCUUGUGCUAAAAGUGGCAUGAUUCAGAUAUUGGAAUAAGAAUUCUUUGAAAAAGUAUGUGAGAAUGAGAAUCAAAGAAUGUUGGAGGGAGACAAGGAUUAUUUUGGUGGAAAUGGAAAUGAAAGAUGUCAUUACAUGGUGGUGUGUGGCCCUAAAUAGUCUAAUGGAAAAGGAGAACUUAUUCAGCAAAGAUACUGAUAUUUGAAAUAAUAAUUAUUCAAUAAUUUUUUAGUCUUUAUUCAUGUUGAAGUACUGAUCUCUCCAUUGUGUCGGUAUAUUCCAUAGGGUUAUUUCUUAAUACAUCUCUGGAAUGGAUUGCUUAUUACGUUUUCAAAAUAUUGGAUAUUAUCAUUUCAUUUCCUAAGAAUUUUUUAGUAUUAUUGAUUGAUAUACGUAGACAGAACAUAGUAGAAUGUUUUGUUUUGUUCUCUUUGAUCCAUACCUCACCGAUCCAUUUAGUGGAAUCUAUUUUAUAGUAUAAAACAUAAAAAAAUAGACGUUCCAGCCUUGUUUAACACGUAUCAAAUGCUACCUUAAUGUUUUCAUCGAGCUGGACCUUGGACAGUUUUCUCAGAUUUACUCAUAUCGAAUUUGGUUUCUCCAUGUUGGAUUUGUACUUCUCACCGUCAAAUUUCUCUGGGGCAAUGAUAGAAAGGUUUGGAAUUGUUAACAAUUUUGUUCUUUCUUCUGGCAAGGUUUCUAUUAUUUCUCAUUUAUGUUGGUUUUUCACUAAUUGGUUCUUUUGUGUGAUUAACACAAGAUUGAGAUUACAAUCUCGUGUUGUACAAAACCAGGGUCGAGAUUGAAAAAAACACAGAAUGACCGUGACAUUGGGAUUAUGACUGAAGUCUCAUGUGGUACAAAACCAAUGUGGAAGUUGAGAAGAGAAAAGAAAAUGCUACUACGGAUGGAAAAAUCUAGGAAACAAUAUGUUAUGAUGAUUGAGAUUAUUGGCAUUAAGGAGUUCGGACCCGACUGGGCGGUCUUUGACCCGUUACGGACCGGCAACGGUUUUCAGCGGACCGGUGAGAAAGUGGAAAAAGAAAUGGGUUCACGUUUCACCUUCUUCCGCUUCUUCUAAUUCCAACAACAACACCAAUCACAAUCACGGUUCUUCUAACAAUGGUAAUAAUAACGGUUCUCAUCUUCUUCUUUAUAAGUGGACCCAUAUUACUCAAAAGCCAGAACACCGACAAUAAUGGAACUAAUGGGAAAGUUAAGGACGCGCAGAUUGAAUCGGUGGAAGAGCCUCCCCGGAGGAAAUUUAAAUAUGUUCCGCUUUGACGAGGAGACCCAGUCCCACGCAGUGUUAUCAAACAACGGCGUGAUGGCCGCUAUGGCAGACGAAAGGCUACGAUGGUGCGAAUAGGGGAGAGGAGGACGAAAGGCUAUUAUGCCGGCGAUGUCGGAUUCGUAAGGAACGUGUGGUGGUUUAUGCAAUUUGAAGAUAUAUAUUGUAGAUAUGGGCAUUUGAUGUUACAACCGAUAUUCUGAAGCUUACAAUCCAACCGUCGAGGAUCGUUAUGAUAUGCGAUACGAUCAACUUAGAAGCAUUGCUGGUCGUAUACAUAUUGUGGUUGGAGGGAGGUUCAAGGGGAAAGGCUGCAGUCCGCGUUUAGUAUUCUACUAGACAUAUUGUGAAGGAUAUUGAGCAUGUGCAGUAACUGUUCAUUUAUUUCGUCGCAGACGGAGUUAAGUCGGUCUAUCGAACGAGCUGCCAAGAUGAGGUACACAUGGAAAUAAAUAAUCAGGUACACAUGGAAUAUCUAUUAUGAAAAGCUUAUGACCUUGGCAGUAGUUUCUAGUUUCUUGAAAUAUUAUUCCAAACUAGAGAGACGGGAAACUCGAUGAUAUCUUAAGAUGUUCUACAUUCUUAAGUUCCAUGAUUUGAUUUCAAGGCAUCAGAAGCAGUGAAAAUAUUUUAUUUGGGUAGGGAGCUUGAAGAUCCCAUAUCACUUGUUGCACAAAAUGUUCAGCCAAACUCCUUGUUACAUCUUGUCCGUACAAAGAUACAUUUAUGGCCUAGGGCACAAAGAGUUCCUGGUGAGGACAAGUCGUUGCGUCCUCCGGGAGCAUUCAAGAAAAAAUCUGAUCUGUCUGUAAAAGAUGGACAUGUGUUUCUUAUGGAGUAUUGUGAAGAAAGGCCUUUAAUUCUCGGCAAUGUUGGAAUGGGUGCAAGACUUUGCACAUAUUAUCAAAAAAGUUCUCCGGAAGACCAAUCUGGGUCCUUAUUACGCAACACAGAUAGUAGCUUGGGGCAUGUUAUUUCCCUGGACCCUGCAGACAAAUCUCCUUUUCUUGGUGAUUUAAAACCUGGUAGCAGUCAGUCAUCACUCGAGACCAAUAUGUAUAGAGCACCCAUAUUUACUCAUAAAGUUCCUCCAACUGACUAACUGCUGGUUCGUUCGUCAAAGGGAAAGCUAUCAUUAAGGCGCAUUGAUAAAGUUAAUGUUGUUGGACAGCAGGAGCCUCUCAUGGAGGUGUUCUCGCCUGGAAGUAAGAAUCUGCAGACUUUCAUGAUGAACAGGCUAUUGGUACACAUGUGCCGUGAGUUCCAAGCUGCAGAGAAGCAACACUUGUCUCCAUACAUUCGCAUUGACUACUUUCUUUCACAGUUUUCCUUCCUAUCGGAAGCCUCAUUUCGUAAAAGGAUCAAGGAAUAUGCUAAUUUACAGAGAGGCCCAAAUGGACAAUCCAUUUUUGUUAAAAAGCGUAAUUUCCGCAUGUGGUCGGAGGAUGAAUUGAGAAAAAUGGUGACACCAGAACUUCAUGCAAGCUGACCUCUACCGCUUAAAACAUUUAGGAAUAACUGAAACACAUCCUAAUAAUAUUUCAUCUGCAAUGAGUCGGCUUCCUGAUGAAGAUAUAGCACUGGCUGCUGCAUCACACAUUGAGAGAGAACUGCAAAUUACUCCAUGGAACUUGAGUAGCAAUUUUGCUGCCUGUACAACUCAGGGUAAGGAAAAUAUUGAACGGAUGGAAAUUACUGGAGUUGUUGAUCCAUCAGGCCGCGGCUUGGGUUUUAGCUAUGCUAGGGCACCUCCAAAGGCACCAGUGUCUAGUGCAGUGGUGAAGAAAAAAGCAGCGGCUGGCAGGGGAGGUUCCACUGUUACCGGUACGGAUGCUGAUUUACGUAGAUUAAGCAUGGAGGCUGCACGAGGGGUACUUCUUAAAUUCAAUGUUCCCGAGGAAGUCAUUGCAAAACAAACCAGAUGGCAUCGCAUUGCUAUGAUACGCAAACUUUCAAGUGAGCAGGCUGCGUCUGGGGUUAAGGUUGAUCCAACAACUAUAGGAAAAUAUGCCCGUGGUCAGCGAAUGUCCUUUCUUCAGUUACAGCAGCAGACCAGAGAGAAGUGCCAGGAGAUUUGGAAUAGGCAAGUUCAGAGUUUGUCAGCUUUAAAUGGUGAUGAUAAUGAGAGUGAUUCAGAAGGAAAUAGUGAUCUAGAUUCUUUUGCUGGGGAUCUGGAAAAUUUGCUUAAUGCUGAGGAAUUUGAAGAGGGAGAAGAAGGUACUAAUGACCUAAAACGUGAUAAGGGAGACAGUGUUAAGGGUCUUAAAAUGAGAAGACGCACAACCUUGGCUCAGGCAGAGGAGGAAAUAGAAGAUGAAGCAAUGAUGGAGCUUACCGGAAAAAAAAGAAGAAUGCCAGGGUUAUGGUGGAUGCAAGAAGAUUGAUAUCGAAACUACAACCAAAAUUUGUCUUUGACAGCACUGAACAAGUAAAGCUAACAAAUACAACAUUGCAAUUUGAUGGAACUAAUCAUUUUAAGGAGGAUGCAAUUACAGAUCAUAGGGAGGAUGAUAAAUUUUCUGCUAAGAAAAGCAAAUCAGUUAAGGUCAAUAAAGCAAAGAAGAGUGACAUUUCACCUAUUAGUGUAUCAAAUAAAAAAAUCAAACUAAAUAUGGGAGAAGGAAUCAAGGUAAGCAGGUGACAUUUAUGUGUUUCAUUAUUCUCUUUUCUCUAUAUAGAAAAACCCUUUUAAAAGGCACACCAAAGCUUUCUAUUUAACGAUGCUUGCUGAUGAAGAUGAUUUGGCAUCUAUUCCUGUAUCAAAGCAUUGAUUUUAAUUUUCUGCAAAUAAUUAUAAAUACAUACAUGGAAUAAUUUAUUAAAAUUGAUCAUUUACGUCAAGAAUUUGACUAACGCUUCGAUUCUUCACCAGGUAUUGUGUUGGUAUUCAUCGAGGGGGAGACAUAUAAUUAUUAACUUGCUUAGUUUGAAUGACUAAUUAGUGAAGUUUGAUUUUCCAAUUGAUUUGGUUCCUAUUGCUAACUCUGUUGCACUUUUGAAGCUGUGUGUCUGUAUAAAGGAACAAGAGUGAGAUAUUGGCCAAUAUGAUACCCAUCAGCAGGUAGAGAUGUUAACAACGAGUCAGAAUUUGUGGAAUCUGUGGAUAUUGGCCAAAAAGAUAUCCUUAUGUAUUUGCAUCACCAUUAACAAAUAUGUUUCUUUUUGUAUGUUUAAAGAGCUAUAACAGUGCAGCUGAUUCUCUAGCAAACUAGGCUAUUGAUGUCGGAGGUUGGACCUCGUAAAUUUUCACAGUUCUCUAUAGAUAGUCAAGUUAAAGAAGAAAGUCUUUGUUAAUGAUCAUCUGACAGCAUGUCACUAUAAAAAACUACUCGCAAUUAUGCUAAAUUUCAUGUUGAGGUAUUCCCUACCAAUUGAGCAUACUGAGAUUUUUACAUUUAACACUUUGUAGUUUGUAUCAAAGGUUGAGAUUUUUACAUAUAACACUUUGUAGUUUGUAUCAAAGGUUGAAUGUUGUUGACAAUAUUAUAAACUUUGAACAUACCUCCAUGUGUAGACGUUCACCAUUAGCAGUUUAUAGACAUAAAAGAUAGUGCUGCAAUGUUUGGAUUAUGUGCAUAUUGAUGUUUAUGUUAUGACUACAAAAAGAAAUUUCCUUUUGAUACAUUAUAUUCUUCUUAGUGAUUUGGGCGGCAUGGUAAACGAUCCGAUUGAUUGUAACUAAUACAUGAAAAGGUCUGCAGAGUUUUUGAAUGGUGAGACUUGCUUCUCUUUUCUAAAACAGUGGCUGCAGCUAUUUACCUCAGGAUGAUUUGUGUGAGUUCAUUUCACUCAUAACCCCGUGAUGUACCGAAGAGAAAACAGACAACACUAUAGCUCGGCAUUCAAAUCACACAAUAAAGGCAGAAUCAGAGGACCGUCGCCGCGAAUCUGAUCACAAUACUGAAACAGUGUCAUCACCAUCCUCGAAAGAUAAGUGUUUUUUCAUAAAGUCGCGAUAAUGAUCAUCUUAUAAUUGAUUUUUAAUUCAAUACUAGGCAUAAUCAUGUUGUGAAUAAUGUUUUAUGUAUCUGAGAAAGCAAUUUACAGCAUACUGCUAAAUUGAAUGUCAACGCAUGUGAAACCAAAAAGCGCAGCUGCUCGACUAGAUGUGUGCUUACUUAUGAUUUGGUUCUGUGUUUUUACAAAUCGCGGGGUCGUCGUGACCAUUGAAAGAUAAGUAUUUUACAUGUUAUAUGGAUCAAUCAUGAUCAAAUAUUGUUUGUUUAUAUACACUUAUUGUUAUGAUAAUCACACUAAAAUUAGUCAGAAAUUGGUAUGGAUGGUUUUUGAUUUAAAAACCUAUGGAUUAUGUCCAGUAUUGCAUUGCAUGGUUCAUAUUUCUAUUAUGAAUGCAUACUUUGAAUCAGUAAUGAAUUUUUUUUCAUUAUCUAUUCGACACAGUACCAACAUGGUUUCUAUUCUUGAAAAGGAUAUUGUAUGAUAUCUUGUGGUUAUUGUCAAGUUUGGCUACUUAGUGUGGUUAUACUACGACAUUGGGUGCAUUAAAUAGUUUGGUUCAAAGUGGAUGAUCCUAAACUAAAUAUGUUUGAACAUUAUCUUUGGGAAUUGUGGAUAUUUAGUAGGACAUGUAUAAAGAUUGCACCCACGCUGCAAAUUGAUAAUUUAAAGUUAUUCUUUAUAUAGUUUAAAAGGAUAUGAUUUUAAAUAUAGAAAUAUCUUGAAAAUUGCUCUUCUUAAUUUAUUAUCUUAGUUCAUUUUUCUUUUUAUUUUAUAACAUUUUAAAGAAAAAACUUAAAAAAUAGAUGUUCCAGCAUGUAUAACACUUAUCAAAUGCUACUUUAGCGUUCCCUUCGAUAAAUCACACUUAUGUUGGAAAUGGCUUGUGCAACCUUGAAUAGUGUUUAUUUCCCCACAUUGUUGGCCAUCAAGUGGAAUCAAUGUUGUUGAUGGCAGAUGGCGGUCCAUGGCGGAGCCAAAAUCCCGGCAUAUCGGCCACUUUGCGGCGCCGUUAUAGCAGAUUAUGGCAGAAAAGCCUGCAAUAUCUGGCCGAUGUUUACCAUUGCGGUGAGACUACAAAAUGCCAUGUAUAUCCACCAUAGCGGCCAUGGCGCUGCUAUUUGCUAUUUAAUAACACUGGGUGGAAUCUACUGCUUAGAGCUAUAGUCAUCCAUGGUUGUCAAUUUCUGAAUCAUAUUACUUUGCAAUAGUAGGCAUCAAAGUUGAGUUAACUCAAAAAAUUGCUUUUGUAAUAGACUUGGAUAGACGAGCAUAGUCUUCAGUAUGAGUACAAAUUGUACAAUACAAUUGCAGUGGCAGUGUUUUUUUUUUAAAAAUCUAAGAUAAGAACAACAGUUGAAUGAUAUGUGGUUGAGCUAUAGCCUAGUUAUAGCACUUGACUCCAUAGAUGCAUUUAGCAUCUCAAUGUGAACUCAUCUAUAAACAAGGGAACUUUGUUGUGUCCGAGUCUCAACCUUGCAGCUUUUGGAUUUGCAGGGUUUUAUGGAUGCCGAUUGUUUUUUGUGUUUCUAUUAAUUGUUGCACUUUAGAAAAAAGGUGUGCCUGUGUCGGAUAACGAAGAGACAUUAAGUUCAAUGGAGUUGUGUCUGGUGUCCGUGCUAGCCAUCUUAGUUUUGUUUUGAUAAUUUUUAUAUUUGAGUGUGUUUGGUAAGAUACUAAAAUCCCUUUUUGGCGGCUUUCUGAAUAGCCCAAGUAUAGGAACCAAUUAGGUAUCUGUUUAACUUUGUAGUAUUGCUUGGGCUAUAACUUAUAAGUUGGUUUACAGUUAAGCGAAACUUAAAUCAUAACGAGAUUUAUGACUUUUUGUUUAAGAAAGUGAAUUCACUUUACCGUGAAUGUCCCGAGAUGGAAAUGAAAAUAUGGAUGCCUUGUGGGAAACGUGAAAUUCACUUUACCGUGAAUGUCCCGAGAUGGAAAUGGAGAUAUGGAUGCCUUGUGGGAAUUGUAAAAUUCACUUUACCGUGUGAUUGUCCCGAGAUGGAAAUGGAGAUAUGGAUGCCUUGUGGGAAACGUAAAAUUCACUUUACCGUGAAUGUCCCGAGAUGGAAAUGGAGAUAUGGAUGCCUUGUGGGAAUUGUGAAAUUCACUUUACCGUGUGAUUGUCCCGAGAUGGAAAUGGAGAUAUGGAUGCCUUGUGGAAAACGUGAAAUUCACUUUACCAUGUUUGUCCCGAGAUGGAAAUGGAUAUAUGGAUGCCUUGUGGGAAAUGUGAAAUUCACUUUACCGUGAUUGUCCCGAGAUGGAAAUAGAGAUAUGGAUGCCUUGUGGGAAUCGUGAAAUUCACUUUACCGUGUGAUUGUCCCGAGAUGAAAAUGGAGAUAUGGAUGCCUUGUGGGAAACGUGAAAUUCACUUUACCGUGAUUGUCCCGAGAUGGAAAUGGAUAUAUGGAUGCCUUGUGGGAAACGUGAAAUUCACUUUAUCGUGAAUGUCCCAUGAUGGAAAUGGAGAUAUGGAUGCCUUGUGGGAAACGUGAAAUUCACUUUACCGUGAUUGUCCCGAGAUGGAAAUGGAUAUAUGGAUGCCUUUUGGGAAACGUGAAAUUCACUUUACCGUGAAUGUCCCGAGAUGGAAAUGGAGAUAUGGAUGCCUUGUGGGAAACGUGAAAUUCACUUUAUGAGGGCAAUCCUCACCCUACAAGCCGGUUUUGUAGGGUUGAGUUAGGCCCAACCACAUUUCUUAACAUUAACCAAUGACUUUUUGUUAAAGAAUUGAAAUUCACUUUAAAGUGAAUGUCCCGAGAUGGAAAUGGAGAUAUGGGUGCCUUGUGGAAAAUGCGUUAAGUACUGUGGCGAUGAAAUAAAGUUAACCGAUGACUUUUUGUUUGAGAAUUGAAUUUCACUUUACCGUGAAUGUCCCGAGAUGGAAAUGGAGAUAUGGUUGCCUUGUGGGAAAUGUGUUGAGUGCUGUGGGGACGAAGUAAAGUUAACAGACGACUUUUUGUUUAAGAAAUGAAAUUCACUUUACCGUGAAUGUCCCGAGAUGGAAGUGAAAAUAUGGAUGCCUUGUGGGAAAUGUGUUGAGUGCUAUGGGGACGUAAGAAAGUUAACCGAUGACUUUUUGUCUAAAAAAUGAAAUUCACUUUACCGUGAAUGUCCCGAGAUGAAAAUG